AUGAAGAGGUCUACUAUCUCAACCGUGACGUUUUCCGUCGCCGUCGCCAUUACCUUCAUCGUCUUCUUCUUCCUCCUUCCGUUUUCAACCACCGCUUUAGGCUCAGGCUCAACUUACGCCGUCGUCUACGGCUUAGACACCGUCUGCGCUUUAAUCUCCGGCGAACCUACCCAGCGUAUCCUCUGUUACAACACGCGUCUCCGCACAAACUUCACUCUAAAUCCCGACGUCUCCUUCUCCUCAAUCGCCGCCGGGGAUAAUUUCCUCUGCGGUAUACGCUCCGGUGGAUACAGCCUUCUCUGUUGGGACAACAUCGGAAGCUACUCUCUGGACCCUAAACGAAUCUACCUAAACGACACCGUUUUGCUCGAGAAUCUCUCCAUCGGCGACACCCAAAUCUGCGCCACCGUGAACGGCACAAACACCGUGAAAUGCUGGAGAAGUGAGAGAACCGAUCAAUCGACGCCGAUUAACGAAGGAUUCCGGUCGAUUUCUUCCGGCGUCGGUUUCUCAUGCGGCGUAUCGAUUCGAAAUCAACGAGUCUUAUGCUGGGGAAGAGAUCCGGUUAAAUCGGGUCGGAUCCAAACCGGAUUCGGUAACACGACGAUGGUGAGUAUAUUCGCAGGUGAAUCACACGCUUGUGGAUUCAAUUCUACUGGGAAUUUGAUUUGCAUCGGAAACAAUGAAUCUGGGCAGCUUAAUGUUCCUUCGAAUCAACCUAACGAGUAUUCGAAGCUCUCUCUCGGAUCGAAUUUCACUUGCGCCACGAGAAACUCCAACGGUUCUGUGAUUUGCUGGGGAGGAGAUGCAGAGAGAUUCAACAAUGUCACUGACCGGAUCUCCUUCGAGUCGGUUUCUUCCGGUUUGGAGUUAAUCUGCGGUUUGAUCUCCGGUAAUCUCUCCGUCAUGUGCUGGAAUCCUUCGAAUUUCUCGAGAGUUUUCCUUCCUUUCCCGGAGAUUUUACCAGGUCCUUGCGUUGAAUCAUCAUCUCUUUGCCCUUGUGGUGUGUUUCCUCAAUCCGAUAAGCUCUGUUCCGGUUCUGGUUCGAUCUGUAAAUCAUGCCCGGUUCCGGUUACGAGUCCUCCGGCUCAAUUUCUCCUUCCGCCGCCGGCUACUUCGUCUCCUCGGUCGAAAGCUUUAACCGGAGGAUUAUUAGCGUUUGCGAUUGUUGGAUCAGUAGGAGCAUUUGCAGGGAUUUGUAGUGUGGUUUACUGUUUAUGGACUGGAGUUUGCUUGGGGAAGAAGAAAGUUCAUAACUCUGUUCAACCGACGAUAACUCGCGGCGGGUCGAAUAGCCGGUCGAACAGCUCGCCGCUUUCUCGGUCCUUAACCAUUAGGCGUCAAGGCUCGACGAGGAUGCUUUCGAUGAGAAGACAAAGAAGCGGAACAUCAUCGAUGAAACACGCCGAUAAAGCCGAAGAAUUCUCCUUUUCCGAACUCGCUUCCGCCACCGGAAACUUCUCUUUAGAAAACAAAAUCGGUUCGGGGAGCUUCGGUGUUGUUUACAGAGGAAAACUCAACGACGGGAGAGAAGUCGCGAUAAAACGCGGCGAAGUAAGCGCGAAAAUGAAGAAGUUUCAAGAGAAAGAAACCGCGUUUGAUUCGGAAAUCGCGUUCCUAUCGAGGCUUCACCAUAAACAUUUGGUGAGACUCGUCGGAUACUGCGAAGAAAGAGAAGAGAGGCUUCUUGUUUACGAUUACAUGAAGAACGGCGCGCUCUACGAUCAUCUACACGACAAGAAAAACGUCGAAAAACAUAGUAGUUUGAUCAAUUCUUGGAAAAUGCGGAUCAAAAUCGCGUUAGACGCGGCUAGAGGAAUCGAGUAUCUACACAAUUACGCGGUUCCACCGAUUAUUCACAGAGAUAUCAAGUCAUCAAACAUACUGCUCGACUCGAAUUGGGUCGCUAGAGUUUCGGAUUUCGGGUUAUCUUUAAUGGGUCCAGAGUUAGGGAAAGAUCAUCAUCACCGUCCGACGAAAGCUGCGGGAACGGUCGGAUACAUUGAUCCAGAGUAUUACAGUCUCAAUGUUUUAACGGACAAGAGUGAUGUGUACGGACUAGGAGUUGUGUUGUUAGAACUAUUGACUGGUAAAAGAGCGAUUUUUAAAAACGGUGGUGAUGUUGAAGAAGGUUGUGUUCCGGUGCAUUUGGUGGAUCACUCGGUCCCGGCGAUUAUGGCUGAUGAAUUGGGUCGGAUAUUGGAUCAGAGAGUUGGUUCGCCGGAGUUAGGGGAAGGUGAUGCGGUGGAGCUAGUGGCUUAUACGGCGAUGCAUUGUGUGAAUUCGGAGGGGAGAAAUCGGCCGACUAUGACUGAUAUAGUUGGGAAUUUGGAGAGAGCAUUGGAUUUGUGUGGAGAUAGUCAUGGGAGUAUCUCUAGUGGCAUUUGCUCUAUUGUCUCUGAUAGAGAUUAA